CAUCAUACAACAUGAGCGAUCCUCCAGCUGCCCAAGGACGAACGAGCUUGGAUGGUCCAACAUUACCCGCAUACAAUGUCAACAACCGACAACGAGGCAACAGUCGUGGAGCCGGUUCCACAACAGACGGAACGAUGGUUGGAGAAGGCGAGGAAUAUCAACCACGACGAUCAUCAAGCAAGGAAAAUCAGCUUCCUCCUCCCACGCGUCCACGUGCCGGAAGUCUCCUCACCGUCAGAACCGAAUACGAACCAGGCGAUCCCCUUCGCAGCAUGGCAUCACCUUCACAAACUCGCGAACAAGCACACCGAUUAGACGACGACCUCGCCCUUCUCAAGAUCGAACGACAAAUUUCUCGAAUCGAUGAAGAGCUUUCAAGGACUAAGAGCGCGGGAGCGGACACAUCGAAGAGUCGAUCACGAAUCGAUCAUGUGGAUGAAUUCGACGAGGCCACGAACCCGGUGCACGAGCGGACGGCGGUAUACAAACCGGUGGAAAGCCCGGCGACGGGAUUCGCAAAGUUCGUGAAGCAUAUCCACCAUUCCAACUGGCUGGUGCGGUAUUUCACGUACAUUGUUCCCGUCGUUCUGAUUCUGCUAAUCCCUCUUCUGCUCGGCGCGUACGUGUUUGACGACGCUCUUGUGGGAGGUGUGGAGCUUAUGUGGUUCAUGAUCUGGUUGCAAAUUGUGUGGCUCACAUUGUGGUGCGGACGAAUCCUGGCCAAGUGUCUGCCAGUCCCCAUUGGACUGGUUGCCAGCUUGUUCACGAAUAAUGCGAAAAAGUGGCGGGAUAUGGGAAAACAAUUGGAGCUUCCUGGAACGAUUUUCUUUUGGUGGCUCGCGAUUGAGAUAUCGUUCUUGCCGACUAUGAUCAAUCAUCAGCGUGGAAGGCCAAGUGGAACUGUUCGACCGUGGAUGAAUACGAUGAACAAGGUUCUGGUCUCGUUUUUUGUUGGAGCCGUACUGAACUUCCUGGAGAAGAUUCUUAUUCAAUUCAUUGCCAUCAGCUUUCACUUGCGGACCUACGCGGAUCGGAUCGACAUCAACAAGUUUCAAAUUGGAUCCCUGACCAAGCUCUACACUUUCUCGAAGAGAACGAUCGAGAUGGAGGACGAAGAAUUCGAACAGAAGGACGAGGGAGGAGGUUCGGGUGCACGUACUCCGGGUCAAGCUUUGGCAGAUGCCGCGAAGACUGGAAAGAAAGCGCUGGGCAAGUUUGGUGAUGUCGCUGGAAAAGUCGCUGGCGACUUCACUGGCAAAACUGUCGUGGCAUCGACUCAUCCAACACAGGUCGUCCUCGCCCUUCUUCAUACCACCAGUGGCGCCCAGGUCCUCGCCCGCCGUCUGUAUCGCACAUUCGCCCGAGAGGAGACUGCCACAGUCAUAUCAGAUGACCUUAGACCGGCAUUCGAAAAUGACGACGAGGCUGAUGCUGCAUUCACCAUGUUUGACAAAGACAUGAAUGGCGACAUCUCCAUGGAAGAGCUCGAAGCGGUGUGCGUCGAGAUUGGUCGCGAACGCAAGUCCAUCACCGCCUCGCUCAAGGAUCUGGACUCCGUGGUCAGCAAGCUGGACGAUGUCUUUAUGUUCAUCGUCGUUGUCAUCGUCAUCCUGGUCUUUGUGUCUCUCAUCUCGACAUCCGCGGCGGGUGUCUUGACUUCUGCUGGAUCCGCGGUCUUGGCCCUCUCCUGGCUGUUCAGCGCUACUGCGCAGGAGUUUCUGCAGUCUGUCAUUUUCGUGUUUGUCAAGCAUCCUUUUGACGUUGGUGAUCGUGUUGGGAUUUACGGUAAUACGGGAGCGCUUAUGCGCGGAGAUGACUACUUCGUCAAGGAGAUUAGUCUUCUCUACACCGAGUUCAAGAAGAUGGAAGGGCAUAUUGUGCAGGCGCCGAACAGCUAUCUUAAUACACUGUUCAUUCUCAACCAGCGCCGUUCCGGUGGCCUCGCCGAAGCUGUAUCGAUCACCAUCAAAUUCGGCACAACACUUGAGCAAAUCGAAAGCCUCAGGAACAGACUGCUCGAGUUUGUGCAGUCGGAGAAAAGGGAAUACCAAAAUAAUAUCCUUACAGAACUGCGUGAGAUUGUCGAAGUUCACUCGCUCAAGCUGAACGUCGUGUUCUUCUACAAAUCCAACUGGCAGAACGAAGGUCUUCGUCUCGCCCGCCGCAACAAGUUCUUCUGCGCAAUGAUGGUCAUCAUCCAAGAACUCGGCAUCGAAGGACCACGCAUGCGUGAGCCGGGCAUGCGUGAAACAUUCCCAAUGUACCUCGCCAACGUUCCGCACACCGCCUCCGCAGGUGCAGGCCACAACGGCAACCCGGACAACCCUCACGGCAUUCACGACAACCAACAAAACGAAGAAGAGUUCAUGGACCCACCCUUCGUCUCUCCAAUUCCUGGGCAGGAAACUUCCACCGGCUCUCAAGCCCCUCAUAAUCGCAUUAACCGCGGUGGCUCUAUCCUCCGCACCCGCACCCGCGGCGAAUCCAUCUCCCAAAUGACCAAGCGCGUCGACUUCAGCCUGGGCAUGCAAAACGCCGCCGCGACCGACAUGUCCGGUGACGUCUACGAGGAUCGCGACCCGACUCGCGCACAAAUGAAUAUCAUCCAAGCUUCCCGUGAUCGCGAGCGGUCUCGCGCAUCUCAAGAGCGGGUUCGUGAAAGUAACGAACUGCACCUUGCACGCACUACAUCCCGCGAACAGCCGGACUUUGCUCCCGCCGGUGGUGGUAUCGUCCGCCGCUCGACGUCAGCCUCUGUCCAUCGGAAUCGGUUCUUCGGAAGGAGGAAACCUGCUGCUGGUGAGGAGGCGAUGAUGGAAAGUGGGAUGGCGGAGAUUCCUGAAGAGGGUGGUACUACGCCGCAUAAUCGUAUUGAUCCAAGAACGGGGAUGGUGAGUCCUGCAGCGUGGAGGAUGACUUCGGAUCAGAGUAAUCUUGCACCGCAGAAUUCUGCUAGUACUGCUGCGCCGCCGCAGUUGCCGAGGCAGGUUUCUGGACAUGGAUCGUUGGGCGAUGUUACGAAUGGGAGUGUGCCGACGUAUCCGCCGGGGCAUAGGCCUAUUGGACGGGCGCAGACGGAUGUGAAAUGA